GCGAAGAAAGUGCUUCUUCCAUGUCUGCUUUCGACCUCUCGUUGCCUCUCUUUCUUCGCUUCAUCUGCGGCGCCGGAACAAUAGAGAAAGAGGACAAACCAGGAAGAGGAAAGAGCCAGCUCCCAUGGAUAACGAAAUAAACUGUUGUUGUCCUGGUUAGCAGCUGUUAGCGACUCCACCGUUUUCUCCCCUCCCUCCCCUCGGGAUUCUCGUUCCGCCUCCCUUUUCUUUUGUCUGUGUGUUCUUGCUAUUUUUUGUGGACUCCCCUUUUUCUGCCUCGAUGGACUUCGUCGGAUGUAGGACGGAACGAGCUGAGACCGUCCCCAUUUUUUAAUUGGGGUUAUAGGACGAAUCCUGUCUCUAGAUUUCGGUUUAAAAAAGUCAUAUUUUGUUUGCUACUGCGAGAGAGAGAGAGAGAGAGAGAGAGAGAGAGGGAGGAGUUGAGGCGAGGAGGGGAGAGAGGAAAUCGCGGUGGUUCCUCUUUCCCUUCGGCGAUAGGGCAAUGAAGGUGGGUGCGAUUGAUGUUCCUUUUCUGGGAGCAUAUUUGUGUUGAUCGGGAGUUCGGGGUGGAGAUCUUUGGCGUAGAUGAGCUGCUUUGCUUGUUUUUGCCCUUGCUGUAGGGAGACGAGCUGCAGGAAAAAGGACAGCGCAGGCGUCCAGACCAACUCCGGAUUGCUUAGCGAUUCUUCCAAGAGCGGGAACAAGAUUUCAUCACUUGCUGCGGAUCCGGGUAACUGCGCGCGGAGCUUUGCUUUCCGAGAUCUCGCUAUCGCCACUCAGAAUUUUAAAGAAGCCAACUUGAUCGGUGAAGGGGGCUUCGGAAGAGUAUACAAAGGGCGGCUAGACUCCGGCCAGGUGGUGGCUAUUAAGCAGCUAAACCGGGAUGGGCUUCAGGGGAACAACGAAUUCCUGGUCGAGGUUCUCAUGCUGAUCAUGCUACGGCAUCCGAAUCUUGUGAGUUUGUUUGGAUACUGCGCUGAUGGAGAUGAGAGACUCUUGGUUUAUGAAUACAUGCCAAAGGGAAGCUUGGAAGAUCACUUGUUUAAUCCAUCUCCUGUCAAACCACCGCUCGAAUGGAACACACGAAUGAAGAUCGCUCUUGGUGUAGCCAGAGGGCUCACAUAUCUACAUGAUGUUGCAAAUCCUCCUGUUAUUUACCGAGACAUGAAGGCUGCAAAUGUAUUGUUAAGCAAUGACUUCGAUCCAAAACUUUCUGAUUUUGGACUUGCAAAACUUGGGCCUGUUGGUGACAACACACAUGUUUCAACAAGGGUGAUGGGAACUUAUGGUUAUUGUGCGCCUGACUAUGCGAUGACUGGUAAGCUGACACUGAAAUCUGAUGUAUAUAGUUUUGGUGUGCUUCUUUUGGAGCUGAUCACUGGGCGAAGGGUCUUUGAUUCUUCAAAAUGUGGUGGUGAACAAAAUCUAAUAAUUUGGGCAAGGCCAUUUCUCAAUGAUAGGAGGAAGUUCCACCAGUUGGCCGAUCCAUUUCUUCAAGGCCACUACUCACCACGGGGCUUUCACCAGUUGGUUGUCAUUGCCUCAAUGUGUCUUCAAGAACAGCCCCACGUUCGGCCCAUCAUCGCCGAUGUGGUUGUUGCCCUCAAUCAUGUGACGUCUCAGCCAUAUAUCACUGAACCUGCUUUGCUUCAAAGUUCAUGAGAUCCCCUCGACCAUCAUCGCCUUCCAAGGAGGUUGUUAGUACACCAUCCAGAGGUGUGGCAUGUUUUGAGAAAUAUAUAAAUAUGAGCCUCUAAGUUUGCAAGCUGAGGUGUGGCAUGUUUACAUUAAAAAUCAAGGAUUGAAGUUUCAACACUAUAUUCUAGAAGAAGGAUAGUGGCGAAAGUCACUUGUUGUAUGGUGCCUCUUAAACACUAUGCUUGUAGAGUUGGUGUUGAUUGUUUCAUACGGAUAAAUUAGACAUCAAACACGGAGACUCAAUGUAUUUACGAUGGUCAAAUGUGAAUAGUAUCUCUUGGUAAGGUGGUCAAGGCAAGGAUGAUUGUUCGUGAGGAUCACUAUAUAUUUAUAUGCCAUAAAGAGACUAAUUUCGAUGUGUCA